AUGGGGUCUUGGUACCGCACUUUGAGCCUGACGGCUAUGGCCAUGGUGGUUGCAGUUGCUGAGUCCAACGCGUGUCGGGCCAACGCUGCUGCUCCUAGUGUCACCAUCAAGCAGGGAGCGAUCGAGGGGUUCGCUCAGAAUGACACCAACGUCUUCCUUGGUAUUCCUUUCGCGGAGACGACUGCGGGUGAGAACCGGUGGAAGGCACCUCAGCCUGUCGCUGCGUUCCCCAAUGGCCACUUUGAGGCCACAAGCUAUGGUCCAUCAUGUGCCCAAGCCAUGUCAGGCACUGCCAUCACGAAUCAGAGUGAGGACUGCCUCAGCCUGAACAUCUGGACCCCACGCCAGGCCGCCGGCCGUGGUCUUCCCGUGUUCGUCUAUAUCUACGGAGGUGCCAUGGUCACUGGUGGCAGCAGCAAUGCUCAAUGGCAAGGAUUCAACAUGGCUCGCAACGAUGUGAUCUAUGUCAACUUCAACUACCCUUUCGGCGGUGACAAGUCGCGCAUCGUGCUGGGAGGUCAUUCCUCCGGUGGUGUGCACGUGGACCACUACCUCUGGAACCACCCCGAGACCUUCUUGGCCGGUGCGAUCGAGAUGUCUGCCAACGCCCAAUCGGGUCCUGCCAUUGCUCCUUCUGGGGUCGCCCUGAAGCAAGUAGUGCAGGACAUGUUGGAUGCCGGCGUGUCUUUGGACUGCACAGCCGAGAACUAUUCUCUGGACUGUCUGCGCGCUGCAGACACAUAUGCGUUCCAGACCACGUACUUCAAUUCGACGACGAACACCUGGUUCUCUCCCUCGAUCGAUGAGAUCACCCGCUUCUCCAACUACACCGAGCGCUUCCAAAACGGGAAAUACCCAACUUCUCUGCCUCUGCUCGUCGGUAACUCCGACCAGGAGGGUGCGAUCUUCGGCUACGUCUACGGCAGCGAGAACACCGACUUCUCUUCAUGGAUCCGCACCUUUGACGCCGACCUGGCCUUUGUGCCUGAGGCCGAGCUUAUCGCUGCCUACAACGAAUCCGACUACCCCUCCGUCUCCCAGAUGAGCGGUGCCUCCUACGGAGACGCGCGCUUCCUGUGCGCGACCGACGCCAUGCUCCAGCUGCGCGCUGCCCAGCAACCCACCUGGAUCUACCGUUGGUUCGGCAACUACUCUAACGUUCUGCCGAUCCCCAACCUGGGGCCCUCGCACGGAAGUGAGGUGCCCUUUUUCCACGGCGGCAAAGAAUGCUUCUCACUGCUGGAGGAUGUGACGACCGCCGAGCAGCAGCUGGCAGACUACAUGCUCUCCUGGUUCGUCGCGUGGAUCAAAAACCCCCAGGCUGGGCCUGGCUGGGCACAGGCCUCGCCCACGGACGGUCCUUUGGCGCGCGUUGGUGUGCCCGAGCACGAGGAGGAGAUUGUUAUGAGUACCACUGGCGCGUAUAACACUCGUUGCCAGAAUGUUUACCUUCCCAACUACCCUUACUAUCCCGAGGUCCAAAACCCGGUGUUAUUGGCCGAGGAAGCCUGA